AAUCCUGAAAGGGACAUAUGAAGAUGAAUAUAUCGAGAGUUUGGAGAAGAUCAUCCAGAGGGACUUUUUCCAAGAUGUCUCCAAACUUCAAGCACAGAAGGAUUAUCUGGAGGUGGAGGAGAGCGGAGAUCUGGAGCAGAUGAGGGAGAUUGCCAUCAAAUACGGGGUCUGCCAUGGCUAAAUACACCCCACGCAUCUAUGUGCCCUACACGACUCCUUCAACAUUUGAGACCCCAGAUGGUGGAAGUGCAUCUCCCUCAUGUUCACAGAGCAAACACAGAGCAACGAAAGAGGAUGGAAAAGAAGGUGAAAAAGCAGAGGAAAAGGAUCUUCCAUCUCUGGACCGCUUUCUUGCUAAAAGCACGAGUGAGGACAAUGCAUCCUUUGAGCAGAUAAUGGAGCUUGUGGAGGACAAGGACAAGCUGAGGCAUGCGUGGCUUUAUGAGGCAGAAAAUGAAUAUAAUGAGAGAAACAGGCGCUUGAGUGCACCAAGACAGGAGUGGAAACAUGGCAGUACAAGGCCAAAAAUGCAGUCAUGUACUACCCUGAAGGUGAAAAAGACGACACGCUGUUCAAGAUGCCACGGGAGGUCCUGUACAAGAACACACGGUUUAAUGUUGAUCCCUUCUGAACUGCGCUCAAUCCACAGCCUUACUCCGCAGGGACUGAGUCCCGCAGUGCUGUCUCCUGCCCUUCAGCGUCUAGUAAACAGAUCGUCCAGCAAAUACACAGAUAAAGCCCUAAGAGCAAGCUACACCCCGUCACCUGCGCACAGGAUCAUGGGCUCUAAGACUCCGCUCGGAGGCCCAGCCACUCCCUCCAUCACACCAACACCUGGGAAAGCCAGAACACCGGCCACACAGGACCCGGCCUCCAUCACAGAAAACCUCCUCCAGCUGCCCAAGAGGAGGAAAGCCUCAGAUUACUUCUGAAACAAAAGACUGAACAAAAACUCUAACGUGGUCACAUAUUUAUUUUUUAAUUUUUUUUACUAAUUGUUUUUAAACUGUGAAACUGAAUUAAUCAUCAGGUUUCUUGGACUUCAUUCUAUAAGGAAGAAAAUGUCUACAACUUAAAACAUCUACAGUUUGUAAGAAUUUAGUUUAACAUUUUUAUUUUAGCUAGCAUAUAUGUACUUUUUCAGCAUCAUCCACAUCAACUGAUUCAAUCAGGUGAAUCAUUUGUUCUAUUUGGUUCUUUAUUACUCUUGAUUUGUUUUGAACAAAGCUGGUUCAGUCUUCCUGAAGUCUGAACAUCUUUUAUGAUGUUGAAGACAUCUUGCAAGAUCUCAAGGGCACAAUAAAGAGUUCUACAGAUUUGUGUGUAUUAUUUCACCAUCCAUAUUUUACAAGAUUCAUUUGUUGAAUCCAUCUUUGGGUUGGAGGCUGGACUCAUACAACAAAGACUCCCUU